AUGACGAAAGGAUCGUCGACUUCGGGUGGUUCUCAGUCGAGCUCCGGCGGAGGCAGCUACACGACAACCAGCUCUGGUACGAACAGCCAGGGCAACCACUACUGCUCUCGCGACUAUGGCUCUAGUGCUUCAAACCAAAACUCCUAUCAUUACUCUAAUAGCAACGGGUCGUAUUAUUACAGCAACCCCAACGGCUCAACGUAUUACAAUUCAGGGAACGGGCAGAGUAGAUACUCGUCCGGAAGAUAG